UUUUCCUUUCGCAAUACGCGUUUUCCUACAAGUAAAUAAUGUAAUUAUAUUAACGCAUUAUUUGCAAACAUUGAACAAAAUGGGGAAAUGGGAGCUUUUGAUUUUCGUCGCUUUCGCUACACUGGCAUGUUGUACUGAGGUUGAGGAUGUGGAGCAGAAGAAACGUAAUGCUGGCAAGGCAACCAGCCUGAAUGCUAUUCCUACAGGGGCACAGAAGCAAGACUACACUUAUAGCAUUUACACACAGAAUCCUAGUUCACAGAGCGGGUCGACCAGCCCAUCGUCCUACCAGUCUCAAGUGCCAAAUUCAUUCUAUCCGAGUCAGGCGAGUAGCCAGUAUUACUCGUCACCAAACACACCGAGCGAAUCAUCAUCAUCCUCUUCUUAUACCCAGCAGCAGCCUCAAAUCAACCUGCUACCACCACCGACCACAUCACAAUUCGUGCCAUUGAACUUUGUGCCAAAUCCAGGCUACCAAUCUAAAUACCAAAUAGUACCUUCUAAAUCGAAUGGGAAUAUCCAGUUGACUUUCCUGCAGCAGCCUACUAGUUACCCUACGCAACCUAUUGUGCCUUAUGCUCCUCAGCUCUUUUCACCAGCUCCUACUAAUCAAAUAAGUCCACAUCAGACUCCUUUGAUUAAUCCUUUGCCUCAGGGACAUUAUAAUGUGCCGAACUACCAGCCUUUGCCUCUUGGAGGAUCUUACUUAGGCCAACCAUCUACUAUGCUGCUCUUUGCUCAACCAAAUCCGUCUCCAUACAACAACCUUCUAUACCAAAAUCCAGUUCAGAGUUUCUAUAAUUACUAUCCAACGAAUGCUCAGAGCAAGUACAACGUUCAGUAUGUGCCUCAAGGAUCGACGACGGAGUAUGAAAAGUUACAAGGUCCCGUGUCACAAAGUGUUCCGAAGGAGGACAAUGAUAUUGCUCACAGCAGCGAGUAUUCUUCUUCGUCUGAUUCCAACUCAUACAAGAACGCGUAUUCGGCAAGUCGUAAUUAUGCUAAACUAUAGCCAUGUAAGUGCCUCGUACUGAUAGAGUUAUUUGUUGAACAUAUAGUUGCCACUAUGUUAACCACAGAUAUUUAUUGCCAUGGGAUACUAUUUAGAUGUUAGGUGUUAGGAUUUAUUGUUGUUUGUGUAUUAAGUAUGUUAUUUGUUAUA